AUGAAGGCCGUCCACAUCUACAUACGGACGAUUAUCUCGGCAGAAUUCCGGAAGAAUCGUGAAGGCCGUCCCCUCGAGGAACACAGCCGCGGCCGCCGCUCUGGCCCUUCCGGCUUCCCAGCCCUAGUUCCGGCGAGCUCCGGAACUUGCUCCCACGACGGCCAGCCACCGAUCCACGAGCUGACGAGGAGCCCGAUGCCACCGGGGGGAGGAGAAGCAAGCAAGCAUGGCCGCACGGGGAAGGAGCAGAGCCGCCCGCCGGCGAUCCGCCGCCGCGACGUGUCCCGUCCUGCGCCGCCGUUCCCGGCCGUAGCUUCUCAGAGGAGGAAGAAGAGGAGGCAGAGGCAGCCGGCGACGGCGGCGGGGAGCGUCUCCUCCGAGGGCCCCCUCGUCGAGAUCCUGGCACGGCUGCCCUACCCGUCGCUCUGCCGCUUCCAGUGCGUCUCCAAGCAGUGGCGCGAGCUCUGCUCCGACCUCAUCGGAACCAUCAAGAGUGCGCCGCAGAACCUGUCCGGAUUCUUCCACAACAACUUGGCCGGGAACCUUUGCUUCCGCAAUUUGUCCGGCGGACGGCCGCUGGUCGACGCUUCGCUCCCGUUCCUGCGCAAGACCUACCAAAGAUUCAAGCUCCAGCAAUGCUCCACCAGCCUCCUCCUCUGCAAGUGCUGGGAAUCGGAAGACGACGACGAAUUCGACUUUGUCGUGUGCAAUCCGAUGACCGACCGAGCAGUGAGUAUUUAACCAAAAACCACCACAAUUCACGGAACCGCGACGAAAAACUAUCACUUUGCGAUUUUGUCCCGAAAACUACCACUUUUUUGCUAAUCUAUGACUAAAAACUACCAAGUUGUGGAACCGCCCACUUCGCCGCGGUUAAUCACGUUUCUGCCAGGCCGGGCCCAUAUUUCAGGCGCCAGCGGGCCAACAUGUGCAGCCGGAGCCGCACUUCGCUGCAGGUGCAGCCGCGGAAGCCGCUCGCCGCUGGAGUCGCUGGCCGUGGCCGCGGGUGCCCCCCCUCCCCGCCGCCCUUCGCCCCUGGGGCCGCUCGCUGCGGCAGCCGCAGGUCGCCGUUGU